AACACCUCUGUUGUUUACAUUAGGAACAUGAUGCAAUAACAACAAACGAAAAUGUGUUUCAAAAAUUCAACUGUCUUGCAUCAUUUUAUGGUGUAUCGGCUAUUUAUUUGUUGAGAGUAUCUGCAUUACAGAAAACUUUAUAAAUUUCCUUUCUCAAUAGUAUAUUGAAAUUUAUUUUGUAUUUAAUCCGAUCCAAUCAUGAAGGUUGAUGAAGUUUUACAAUGUAGUUUUCCCUCUUGGUAUAAUAAAUUUAAGGAUAUAACAAUAAAGAGCUACAUGAUUCCACUCCCUCAAGAAUUCAUUGAUUAUCUUCAUGCUGAUGGAAUUGUUCUCCCAGCAGAGUCAAUAACAGCCAGCGCACAGGAAAGUAAUGAAGACAAUGUGGGAGGUGAAGAGAUUGAUGUUGACUGGGAUGAUGAUGGUGGACCAAUAGCAGAGGAGCCUAGUUUUCCUGAAUUUGAAACAACUAUUAAAAACAAGAUAAAAUCAUGUGGUGGAAGAGUCUUUCCUAAGUUAAAUUGGAGUUCUCCACAGGAUGCUACUUGGAUAUCAUUUGAUAAAACAUUGAAGUGUACAUGUCCUAGUGAUAUAUACCUCUUGCUAAAAAGUUCAGAGUUCAUCACACAUGAUUUAACACAACCAUUUUGUAAAUGUGAAGAUUAUGAUGAAGACAGUAGUGAUAUAACAGUAAAAUAUCAUUUAAUCCUCAGACAAUGGCAAGAUUUAAAUCCUGCAGCAGAAUUUAGGUGUUAUGUCAGAAAUAACCAGUUAUUAGCUAUUUCUCAACGUCAUCACUCAAUAUACUAUGAACAUAUUAUGGAUCAGAGAGAAGAUAUUGUUGCAGAUAUUAAGUCAUUUUUCUACCAUAUGGUAUCACCAAAAUUUUCGUGUUCAAAUUAUAGUUUUGAUGUGUAUAGAAGAGACAAGGGGAAAUUAUUGCUGAUUGAUUUCAAUCCAUUUGGUAGUGUAACAGAUAGUUUAAUGUUUACAUGGAAAGAAUUAGAGGAGGCUGAAUCUUUAGAGAGCACUGGUACUGAUAGUGUUGAUUUUCCAGCAUUUAGAUGUGUAGCCAGACCAGAAGGUGUACAGCCAAGUCCAUAUGCAACAUGUGGUGUUCCUAGAGAUAUUAUUGAUCUAGCUACUGGUCAAGAUCCUUACAAACUUAUGGAUUUACUGAAACUGAAAGUACAAACACAGAAUGAAGAAUCAUCCGAUGACGAAGAGGACACCAGUACAACACCAACAAAUUGAUAUUGUACAGAAUGGCUGGUCUAUCAUUCAUGUCAUAUAACACAUAUAUCAUUGGUCACCUGAAAGAAGUUGUACAGAAUCAUCCAUCAGCUUAGAUAUCCGAAUAUACAAAAUCCAAGUUAUAAGAAAAUGUUUCAUAUGGCAGUGCACUUUUAAUGUAUAAUUUAAGAGAUAACGGUUGAAAUUUCUGUCAGUUUUCUGUUCUUCUAUUAUUUAUAUCGCUUUAUUUUAGGCUUGUUUAUGAAUAAAAAAUGGUAAACAUUUUAUGAAACGAUUGGAGCAUUUGGAUUGCGACUUCUUUAUAAAUGCUAGGAAAUUAGUAAACGUGGAAUUUCUUGUAUUUGUUUAUAUGAAACUCUAUUUUUUCUCUUUCCUUCAUUUAACACCACAUUGUUUAUUAUAUAUAUAAACAUGAAUAAUGUAUGGAAUUUAUUGUUACUUUAAUAAACAAUUUUUCUAAUGUG